UCAGCCCAGAGUAGAGGCAGGCCAGAAGAUGGAGGGUGCCAUGGGUCACCGGGUUCUGAUGGUCCUGCUGCUGUGGGUCUCUGUCCUUGGCAUGGUGGCAGCACAGGAUGAUGGCCAGGACAAGUUCCAUCAUGGCCAGGACAAGUUCCAUCAUGGUCAGGACAAGUUCCAUCACGGUCAGGACAAGUUUCAUGGCCAUGCCACCACCGAUGACCUGCUGUCACGGCUGGGUCGAGCCACCUGGGAGACACUGGAGAGCUGGGUGGGCUCUCAACCCCUGCACCUGGUAGCUGAGAGCCUCUCUGCCACCGUCUGGGUGGUGUCCUCGGGGAUCUCGGUCGCCUUGACCAUGCUCUGCGGCAUCCUGGGCGACCUCCUGGCCGCCACCGGCUUCACCGGGGACCGCCUGGUGCGGACGGCGGCGCUGGGUCCCAGCGAGGUGCAGCGAGUGCUUCUCUGGGCUCUGGUGGCCCUGGUGGGCUCCUGGCUGCUCUCGUGGCUGAGGGGGCUGCUGUUGCCCACCCUCCGCUGGGUGAAGAUCUUCUGCUUCUUGGGGGCUUUCCUCAACGUGGCAGCUUCCCAGGAGACCCCCACGGCCAAAGCUGGGAUGCUGCUGGGGCUCUGGGUGCUCUACACCUUGCUGGGCAGGCUGGUGGGGCCCCCCGGUGCCAGCAGCCACCUGGACGCGGCUGUGCGCAGCCUGGAGUGGAAGGUGGAGGAGCUGCGGAGGAGGCAGAAGUGGGGGGGACCCCGGAACCGUGAGGAGUGA